UGGGAUAACACGCUUUCGGCGACUCUUGGCUCACCGCGCAGCAUCAAGUUUUGAAAGCAUGGAAUUAGUAGGUUCUUAGUUCACCAAAGAGGCACUAAGCGAAGAAUAAGGUUGAAAGUCAACUGUGUUGGUUGCAGGUUGUGCCCGAGGCAUGGCUCUGUAGACUCCUGCAGGUUUGCUUGCCAGCUUGCAACCGCUCAGCUAAGCUAGCUAAGUGCUAGCUAGCAACAUUGCAGCCCCAAAAUGACUGACUGCUGCGCCGCAGCCAACUGUGAUUAUCAGCAGGGGAAAUCCGAAAACUCCCCUCCACUUUUCAGCUUCCCUUUGGACCCGGAGCGGUGCAAACAAUGGUUGAUCAACUGUCACCGCCAGGAUCUGGCAUCAGAACCUCCUGAGCAGUUGCAUAAGCUGUACAGACUUUGUGCAAAGCACUUUGAGCCCUCUGUGAUCUCUGAAGAGAGUGCCACUGGUUGUGUAUUAAGGGAAGAUGCUGUUCCAACAAUAUUUGACUUUGUGAAUAAUCAAUCAACCUGCAACAGGAAACGAGCUAGAGAUCCUUCUGAAGAGGAACCUACUUCUGUGAAAAAAACAAAAGAAAACACAGCAGCAACAGAAGUGGUAGAGGAGAGGAUCGAAGAAGAACCUGGAGAGAACAGCGCAGUGCCUGAACUGCAAAUAGAGAACCAAACCCAAGAGGAUGUAGCCAGCUCUAAAGCAAAAGAGACUCUGAAAGUCUAUUUCAAGGAAAUCCUGGCACUGACUGGAUUCAGCAUAAAUGGUGCGAACAUCAACAGCGAGGAGCCGAUCGGGGGCGCGAGAGGACAGCAGGCGCUCAAUCGGAUCUGUGUGGAAAAAAUCGACAAGAAAGAAAUCCUCCAGUUCAGCGAAGACCUCAUGCGGGAGGAGAUCCAAAACAGCCUCAGACUGGCCCGCUUCUUCUCCAUCCUGCUCCAGGAUGUGACGAAUAUAGAAGGAAAGGAGCAGAUCCCAGUGUUCAUCAGGUCCGUCACGGUAGACGGGUUCCCACAAAAGCACCUCAUCGGGUUCCUGCCGUGCGACAUGGAUGCAGAGAAUCUGUUUUACAUGCUUCUCUCUGAGUUGCGAAACAAGUGGGGGCUGAGGAUGGAGCACUGCAGAGGACUGACGUACCUGGUUACAGGAGGUAUGUGUCAGAAAAUGCGAGAUCUUACCUCCAGGAUCCUGCAGGAGUUCCCACAAGUCGUCCUGUCGCCAAGUGACCCGUAUGCCUUCAACAUAUGGAUUAUUCGCUGCAUGCCUGUGCCCUCCAUACAGAAAGUUGCUAACACUGUUGAGGAGGUGGCCUCGUUACUCAGGAGAGAACCAGAGCUGUGGAAGAGACUGGAGGGGAAGAUCCAGAUGACAUACGGGCACAUGAAGGGGGAAGUGGACAGGAUCAAGGCGGCUGUCGGCGAGAAUUGGGAAUAUGGGACCGACGCCUUCCAGACCAUGUUGGACAUUCUGGAGCCGUUCCUCAAUUGCAUCAACGAGAUGAUCUCAAAGGUGGACGAAGAUACUGCUGAGCAGCUGGCCAAGCUCAAGCCGGUUUUGAAGAAUUUCAACUUCAUCAUCACACUCGUCGUUCUGAAGAACACCCUCUGCUGUGUGAGCAUACUCAACUCGAGUCUCAGGGGAAUCAUUAGCAUCAGCAGUACGUUGCAGUACACUAUUUCCAAUGCCUUAAAGCUGGUAAGCAAAUACCAACAGGAGCUCGCAAUAUUCCACAGAAAAUGGUUUUCGGACGCGGUCGGCAGAGCGAAGAAGCUGGCGGUGGAGGUCACCAAACCAGAGCCGGACCCGGAAGACACCGGCGAAACCCCACUGGAGGACUUUUACAGAGAAACUCUCAGUCGGCCCAUCCUGCAGUAUCUUGUCGCGGAGGUGAAGAGAGUGUUCAGCACGGAGAUGGUGAGGAUUCUCCGGUGGCUUUCCUUAGUGCCGUCUUAUAUGGCCGACCAUAACUUCAGCAUCCGCAGGGAUAAAGUAGCGGACGCCAACUUGAACAACCUGGCGAGGCCGGACACGUUCUACGAGGAGCUCGGCUGUUGGGAGGUGAAGUGGAGACACGCGAGUAAGCGCAGGAUCCUCCCGACCACCGUGUUCGCUACGCUCAAGAUUCCAGACAUCGGGUUUUACCCAAACGUCCAGAGCCUGCUGCGGGUGUUGGGCACUGUUCCGUGUGUGAACGCAGAGGCAGACGUGUACGGUCAAUACCACAUGGUGCUGGAGCGCUGCCACUCCUACCUGAGAGGAACACCGGAGGAGCAGAGACGCUGCAGCAUGGCGUACGUCUACGUCAACCAGGAUGUGCACUUCAACGUGGAGCAAAUGGUGGAGUCGUACGCACAGAAGCAUCCGGAAAUCCUGCAACUGCUGCAGAAUGAUGAUGACACAAAGGAGAAGCCUGCCCAAGUGGCAUCCCAAGGGAACCAUGCCGAAAAGGACACUGAAGAAGAAUUAGAGUUCAUAAACCUGGAGAUGGAUGCUGAAAGACUGGUGGAGCUGAAGUGUGCAGAGACUGAUAGAGAAGCUCUUAAAUCUGCUCUGCAGACUGCAGUGACGGCUGCAUACAGCAGCCAAAGCAGGAAACACAGCGACGCUUCUGGUCAGGAAGGAGAGGUGGAGUAUGUCACCAAGUCUGAAAUGAAAGAAGUUCUCACCGUGUGCGAGAACGCCGUCAGGGAGGGAAUCCUCAUGGAAGUGGGGACAUCGUUCUUCUCCUUGUUCAUCGACCGAGUGGUGAAGUUCGGUGAGAAAGACUGUCUUCCACUCUUCCUGAGGUUUGUGGACAGUUUUGAUGUCAUGCGGUUGGAGCUGAUGGGGUUCCUUGAGGCAGAUCUAGAUUGCGAUGCCAUGGUACAGCGUCUGCAGGAAAUAGUAACAGUCGAGUGGAGUCUUGACUUGAAUAACUGCAGAGGUCAAGCAUACCUCGGCUCUGGCGACGUUUCCUACAAGCUGAAAGCCUUCGCUUGCAAAGUCCAGGAGACUCAUCCUCUGGCUAUAAGCACUCACUGCUCCACCUACUCUUUCAACACAUGGUGGUCAAAAUCCAUCCCGGUACCUGCUGUGAAGAGAGCCUUGGAUACGUUCGAAGAGGUUCUGAUGUUUUUCGGCAGCAGCGCUACUCUACAAAAACAGCUGGACCACGUGAUAGCCUACGGUCUUAGAGAGAGUUAUGAGAAGGUCCAGGAGUUACAGGGGAAGUUCUGCGUCCUUUGGCAGGAGAAGCACGAUUCUUACGAGGUGUUCGUGCAGAUGCUGGAGCAGCUGGUCGAAUGUCUGGAGAAAAUCAAAAACAACCCGCAGAGAUGGAAAGCCUUUGUGUCAGACCAGGCUGGCGCGCUCCUCCGCAAGGUGAUGGAGUUUGAUUUCAUCAUCGCCAUGGUGGUCUUGAAGAAUGCGUCUUCUUUCACCAAAGAGCUGAGUGCAGGUCUCCAGAAGGACCACUUCAGUGCCGCGUCCCAACUUUGCCAAAUCGCUGGUAUCGUGGCCACUCUGAACAGAGUCAAAACAAACAUGAAGGUGUUUCACCAGAACUGGUUUGACGAGGCCUGUGCCAUCGCACAGAGCCUAAGAGUGCAGAUCGAAGUGCCUGAAAAUUCUUUGCCAAGAGACGGCAUGAUGAAGCCAGUCGGUUUUUACAAAGACGGCCUCAGUGUGCCCCUGGUAGAUAACCUCAUCAACGCCGUAAAGGAUCAUUUUUCAGAGGAUCACAAAGAAGCUCUGAACUUCCUCUCCCUGGUCCCCUGCUCAGUCACAGUCAGCUACAUGUUUGAGAGCCUGAAGUCGAAGCCUCCUCUCUACAGCCGGGACCUUCCCGACGCUGACAACUUCUUCACAGAGCUGUGCUGUUGGAGAGUCACAUGGAAGACCAAAGUAGCAUCCGUGACCAUCCCGGGCUCGAUAUUCCACACGCUGCGCCUGCCACUCAUGCAGUACUUUGGUAACAUCAACGCCCUGCUGAGGAUUAUGUCCGUGCUGCCCAGCACAGCGUUGGAGGAUUGCGGCGUCAUAAUGCGCCACAAGAGGUUCCAAGAGUACCUGAGAAAUACGAAUCCCAAAGACAGGUCCCCGUGUUUGGCUAUGUUGCAGGUGGGCACGGACUUCAGCAGGGACCUGGACCGAAUGGUGACCCAGUGUCUGAAGGUUACUCCACAAGCCCUGGAGGGAAUAUGUCUGGACAAGGAAGCCAAAAGUUUCAUCAGGAACUCUGAAAAUAAUAUGGAAGUUGAUCAUGCCAUGCAGGAAGCUGAAGAGCUUAAAGUUCAGCAAUCCCCUGACAAGAUUGAGGACCAAGACAUGAGACCAGCAGAUGAGAACGGGCACACAGGAGAUAAUCGUCAGAGUUUGGCUACGGUAUUCAAACUGGCCACGCUACUGGGCAAAAAGAACAACAGUCUCUCUGAGCUGUCGGAGGAGGACAGAGAGCUGUUCAUCCAGGAGCUCAGCAUGUGCCACUGGUUUGGAAACGAGAGCAAAGGCACCUCUCCUAUAGGUGAAGACGAGAUGGUGAACCUCCUCAUAAAUGGCAUCAGAGAUGUCAUUCUAAAAGAAAUCCAGGAAUCGCCGUUCUUCUCACUGAUCACGGACAAGCCUGUCAAAAUCGCCGACAAGACCCACCUGCCUGUUUUUGUCAGGUACGUCGGAGAAUGCGCCCCAAAAGUCGAGCUCAUGGGUUUCCUGCCCUUCAAUGAAAACUGUCACGUUGAUACACAAGCCAACAACCUGGCAAAGAUUCUCACCGAGGACUGGGGCCUACCAAUGUCUCAGUGUCGUGGACAAGCAUUCAUGCACUUGGGCUCAGGUUAUCAAAGCCUGAAGAAAAUGUCUUUGGAUUUCCUCCAGAGCUAUCCCCUCUCUGUCGUGACACCCAGCGAGUCUUGCGGCCUUGCCCAUUGGCUGGCAGGAAGCGUGCCUUGCCCUUCAGUAGCAAAGAUGUUGGAUAUCACAGAAGACCUGCUGCUGUUCUUUGACGAAUCUCCAUGUCUGGAGGGACAGCUGGCGCAGGCUGUCGACGGGCUUCUGAAUAUGCCAAGAGAGGCCCUGGAGGAAAUCCCAGAAACAUGUUGCUCGAGGUGGAAAAAGAGAGAGGACUUCUUCGACAUACUCGCUGACACAUUAGAGGGCGUCCUCAGCUGCCUGGAUGCUGUCAGCUCCAGCGCCACAGGUGCCAAAUCGAUGCACGCGCAGGUGCUCUCGACCGCUCUGAGAAAUAUGGAUUUCAUCGUCACCCUUGUGAUUUUGAAGAACGCUUGUGCCCCUCUUCGUAACUGUAGCACCGUCUUCCGCUGCGGAAACCCUGCUGAUAUUCUCUGUGAAGUGGAAAAAAUCCCCUCCAUCAUAGAGACUCUUAACAAAAUGUUAGAAAACGUGAGCACUCUGCACGCCACUUGGUUUGAGCAGGCGUUCCAGCUGGCAACCAAGGUAGCUCCCGAACAAGUGUGCUUCUCAGAGGAGGCCAGCAGCUAUGAAUCUCCCGAGAUUUACUACAGAGAAAACCUGAGCGUUCCUCUCCUCAGAAGCCUCAUCGAUGAAAUGAAGUACAGUUUCUCGGACAGCCAUUUAAAGGCACUGACCGUCCUGUCUCUGCUGCCCUCCUGCAACCCACAGCCCAUUCUGCCGGAGUCCACAGACAAGCCCUUCAGCCUCUACCUUGCAGAUCAUUCUGAGCCCGAAGCGGCCGAGCAGGAGAUCAACGCCUGGGCCGCCGUCUGGACAGAGAAGUACCAGGACGCCGCUCCUCCGUCGUCCAUCGCUGAAACGCUAGUCCACCCCGAGUCCAAGAGCCACCCAACUGUUACCUCACUGCUGAGGCUGGUAGCUGUCCUGCCCAGUGUCAGUAUGGAGUGGGACCUGAUGAAGACCACUCUGAACUCCAUGAGGGAUCUGUUGAAAAACACUGUAUGCAAAGGCAGCAGGAAGGACUACGUGGUGCUCCUCUCUCACUGCACAACACUGCAGAGACUGCCGGAGGUCAUUGAGAAGUGUAUGGAGGUAGAUCCAGAGAGCAGCCCAUGUCUCUCCCAGGUCAUGGGAACUUUACGAAGACUAAAGUUGGACAGUGGAGGUUUGAAAGUGAACCUGGCAGCAGCAACAGAGUCGCCCGCCUCCACCGCAGCAGAGAAGCCUGCCGAUGGAGAGGUGAAAGGGACACUGGAGGUCUCACAAGGACCGAGGACAGCGGUGUCUUUCUACGAGCCACAACUGCGUGAACAGAUCCUCAAGGAACUCUGGGACUCUCAGUUCUUCACAUAUACGACGGAGCACGCCGUGGAGAUAGACGGCGAGCUCUACAUCCCGUUGUGCAUCAGGUACUUAAACAAAGAGGACAUCCAGUGUGAGGAAACGCUGGCUUUCAUCCCUUUCGGCGAAGACCCAGUUGUCCUCGCAGAUGCCGUUGAGACCGCCCUGUCUGAGAAGUGGGGGCUCAACAUGGAGUACUGCAGAGGGCAGGCCUUGCUGAGUGUCGGGGAAGUCGGAGCUCAGAUGAGGGCCGUGAGUUUAGCCGUAGCGCAGAAAUACCCCCAGGCCGUGAGAACUGUCAGCUCCGCUCUGUCUCUUAAUGUAUGGCUGGCUAAAUCCUCUCCCGCCGAAGAAGCGGCGGACGGAGCGGUCCUCAUAGGGAAAAUAUUGCAUUGGCUCACAGAGGACGCAGAGCGCCAGAACAAACUGGAGGAAGUGAUCCUUCACGUGUUCCAGCAGGACGAAGCGAAGGGCAACGAGCUGAGGGACAGACUCAUCAAGAACUGGGAGAAGAGUCACGACAUGCACGAGGUGAUGGUGGAGAUUUUGGAAGCCGUCAUGCUGUGUUUGAACGAGCUGAAAGGGGAGGGGAGCCCCUCGGACCAGCAGCAGGCAUCUCAGUUCUUCGAUGCAAUCAGAAACUUUGAGUUUAUCCUUUCAACUGUGGUGCAGACGAACGUCUUGAGCGUAACUAAAAAGCUAAGUCGGUCUCUUCAGGGCAAACCACUAGAUAUGUUACUCGCUGUGAAUAAUUUGCCAGAUCUCAAAGCGUCCCUCGGUCAACUCAAGAGCGAUAUCGACACCCAUCACAGGACGUGGUUCGAGGAAGCCGCCGCGCUGGCGUCCAAACUCCACGUGCCGAUGUUGCAUUCGGUGCUUCUAGAGCCACUGAGCGAGUUUUAUAAAGAAUCAGUAAGCACGAAGGUGGUAGAGCACUCGAUAGCGGAAAUUGACGACCUUUUCACAGAAAAGGUGUUGGAUACCUUGAGGUGUCUGGAGAUUGUGCCUUACGCAAUGUCCAAAGUAGAAACCAGCAUUCUUAGCGGUCUUGUGUUCCGCCUGUACAAGGAGGACCUGCCGGAUCAGUUGUCUCUCCACUCGGAGAUGAAGUCGUGGAAGGAGAAAUGGUUGGAUCCCCUGGCAGGAUAUCUCCCGACGACCGUGCUCGACACGCUCAAGACGUCGCAGAUAAGAAGUUUUAGUAACAUUGAAACUCUCCUCAGGCUCCAGGUCAUCUUGCCGUUUUCAAGGAGGGAGAGCAACUUCAGGCAGGGAAAAAGAAGCUUACAGGAGUUCAUCCAGCAGGAGAAGAGGUCCCUCACUGAGCUCCACCCUCUGUAAGAGCUGCAGGUCUUCCGUCACAGCUAGCAGAUUUGAGCAAUGCGUUUGAGAUGUCACCGCCACCAUACUUAAGAACUAACGUGUCACAACCUAAAGUUCUAAACUGUGUACAUUAUUGAUCUAAAUUCUUUGAGAUUUCCUUUCGUUGUUAUCCGGCAAACCAAGCCCCUUAUGUUAUGUUUUGUUUUUUAUCCUGUAGUUUGUACAGUUGUACUGCCCAAUGGGACCAAUGUCUUGGCAAAAAAAAAAAAAAAAAAAAAAGCAAUGCUUGUGUGCCUUGAUGCGAAACGAAAUAAUUCACCCCCAUGUAUCACGAGAAUUCAGAUGUUGAAAAAUGUCCCAUUGGCGUUGACUGACUUCUGUAUCGCUAUCAUGAAUUCAUUAUAAUGAUUAAAUUGCACCCUUACCUUUUUCCUGGGCACAAAUAGAAAUGGUUAGUUCCAUCAUGUCUCCUGAUGAUUUCUCAUGUUUCCUGUCUCUUUGCAGGAAGGAAUUUGCUGUAAACGUAUCUUUUGAAAGAAUGUUUCCGUAAUAGGAAAACCUUCAUAUAUAUUUGUCAAAAAAGUAAUAAAAUGCUCCAAAAAGA